ACAUUUGGCCGAGAGAAGUCAACGAAAGCUUUCGGAGUCCAGGCCGGGUUUUCAAAAGCAUUAAGACGGAAGUAACGGCGGGCCGGAAGUUCCAGGGCCUGCACUGGGACCAAGUGGGGAGGGGGUAGGAGGAAGACUCGGGGUAGGAAUGGCGGCUCAAAUUCCAAUUGUGGCCACCACUUCCACUCCGGGGAUAGCCCGGAACAGCAAGAAGAGGCCGGCCAGUCCUUUCCACAACGGCAGCAGCGCCGGGGGCUAUACCGCCAGUAAGAAGAAAAAGGUGUCCACCUCUGGCUUUGCGCAGGGUAUCAGCAUGGAAGGCGUGAGUGAGAAUAAAAUGGUGCCCUCUGAUUUUAGCACAGGACCUCUUGAAAAAGCUGCCAAACCUUUGCCAUUUAAGGAUCCCAACUUUGUGCACUCUGGCCAUGGUGGCGCAGCGGCUGGCAAGAAGAAUAGAACCUGGAAGAACCUGAAACAGAUUCUGGCUUCUGAAAGGGCACUGCCAUGGCAACUGAAUGAUCCUAACUACUUCAGUAUUGAUGCUCCUCCAUCCUUUAAACCAGCUAAGAAGUAUUCUGAUGUUUCAGGUCUUCUUGCCAGCUACACUGACCCCCAGAGCAAGCUGCGCUUCAGCACCAUCGAGGAGUUUUCCUACAUUCGGCGGCUGCCGUCCGACGUGGUCACGGGCUAUCUGGCCCUGAGGAAGGCCACGAGCAUCGUUCCCUGAGCCUGGAGAAACGGAGCAUGAAGUGGAAAACUGUUUCAAAGGCAGACUUUGGACUCAAGAUUUUGUUUUAUGGAAACAAACUCAUUCUGUCAAUCUGGAAAUGUCAGUGUUGGGCCUUGGAAAGAAUGUUUGGCUUUAAUUUAAGGAGGUUUUUUUGUUUUCCCUCCAAGUGUGAUAUUUCCUGUUGAAUUAAAUUAUACUUCAGUUGUUGCCCCAAGUAAAGUUGUUUGACAAGAAAAUAUAAAAUUGUGCUUUUAAUUUAA